AUGGAAAGCGACACUCAAACUUCUGAGAGAGAGACGCCACCUCAGCACUGGACCAGCUGCAAGUUGAUUAUUGACCCCGCACUGACAAAAGGAUUGUAUAAAGUGUACCGUUAUGAUGGACAAUAUUUCAACAUUCCUGUGGAGGACUUAGGUCUGUUUCCUGUGGAUACAGUCAGAGAUCCCCGUAUCUGCCGUCUGUGGAGCAAAUCUACCAAGACUGACCUUUCUGUUCCUAAAUUCAAGGUUGACAAGUGGUAUAUUGGCCCUGUUCCUCCCAAAGAAGUGACAUUUUCUCGUCUGAAUGACAACGUGAGGGAGGCAUUCCUGACCGAUAUGUGCAGCAAACAUGGCAACGUUGAAGAAGUGCAAAUAUUUUACAGUCCAAAGAACAAGAAACACUUAGGGCUGGCAAAGGUCGUCUUCAACACGGUGAGGGCGGCUAAAGAAGCUGUUCAGCAUCUUCAUCAGACAUCAGUGAUGGGAAAUAUUAUUCACGUGGAAAUUGAUCCCAAAGGAGUAAACAGGGCGCGAUAUCUCCAGCUCCUGUUACAUGGACUCUACACUCCGUGGACGCUGCCAGUGGGCAGCAGCGAGGAGGUGCUUCAAAGCUUAAUCAGUGGCCUGCUGGGAGGCACAUCCAUGCAGAGACAGGCAAUCCUCUCCAGCCCCAUCAGCAUCUCCACCCCCCUCUCUCUGGACACGGCCUACUCAAGUAUUUGGCAGGAUACACCCUGCAGCUUUGGGCUGACGCCACGCUCUCAGGGAACCCCCCGCACUCCCUGCUUCUCUGCCACUCCUCUCUCUCAGGACUCCUGUUACUCCAGUCUUCAGGCGACUCCGGUACUCCAGGGGGAGCCCUCCACAUACAGUGUUCACAAAUCUUUAAGACGAGAGCUUUGCCAUCGCAAGCCUGCAAGGUAUCACAGGGGAUCCAGUGAAGUCUCAGAUGUGAACUUCAUUUUGAAGCAUUGGCAACCACAAAUAACACACACUAAAAACUCUGGUCAGAUACAAACAAACAGGCGGAAGCUUACACUGUGGAGUCAGGGUGAAAAAUCCUCCUCUCAGGAUAAUACAGAGCCUUCCUUUGACAUUAUUUCCCCUUCUGAGGAGACCAGAGAUGUGUUUACUGCCACACCCAAAUCAUUGCAACUGAACUGCAAGUCGUUCAGCAUCCUGAGUAUUGAUUUCAAAGCUGACCAGCAGGUCAAAGAUAAUGAAAAUACAUGCUUAACAAACUUUUCUGCAUCUGCUGACAACUUUUCCUCCAGCAGUCCCCAGCCAGUGGUGGAAAGUUUGGACUCCCGCAUUGAAAGCUUACUAACAAACAGCCAGAGUACAGGGACCUUGUUCUUUGACGCUUUGGAGACUGAUGUGGACCCUGAGGACAGCCCGGCCUCACCCUGCUCAGCACACGCCUCGCCUGUAUUAGACAGCUCACUGGUCCGCACUACAACUCCUCAUAGAUCCAUCAGAACAAGCCAGCAGCAAUCAUGCAAUGACCUGGUAGACGUGGGUUCAACAUGGCUUGAAAAUGAAGAUGAUGAAACUGCUGAAGCUGUUUCAUUUCUUGUAAGAAACUUCCAAUCUCCAAAUCCUUCUGAUCUCCUACAUUUUGAAAGGAGAGCUCACUUAAACAACAAAAAAGAUGCAAAAAGGCUAAAAACAUUACCACAUCCUCAGGAGCAUCGGGGAGAAAUUGAGGAUAACAGACCAUCAGGAGUUUUGACCCAAACAACAGAGACCCUCUCUCUUUGUCAGCUUCCACCCUUCACUUCUCGCAGUAGCACCAGUCAUCUUCAUGCUCCUCCUGCUCUUAAACCAGCAUCUUCCCAUCCACCUGUCCCCGCUUUCCCUUUUCCCCUUCCUCCCUUUCCUCCUCCUGUCCCUCCUCGCCUGCCAAACGGCACCAUCCCAAUCCCUCCUCCAGGCUGGAUCCCACCUCCAGGGCAUCACACCUGCAUCCCUGUUCCUCCUCCAUCAAUUCCCCCUCCUCCAACUUUUCAUGGCCCCCCUCCAUCUUUGAUGCUACCUCCUUCUGUCCCACCACCUGUGCCCACCUUCCCCUUACCUGUACAGCCUGCAGGUGGUCUGGAUAAAGGGGAUCCUCCAAGGUUUCCCCGACCUACCUGGCCGGCUCCGCCUUUACCUAGGUUUAACCCUUUCGUGCCACCUCCAGGUUUUGCACAUGUGUGGGGAAAUCCUCACAAGGUCACAGUAGAAAAAGUUUUAGAGGUCAUCUUGGAUGAAUUGAAGUCUAUCAUAAAGAAGGACAUCACCCGCAGAAUGAUUGAAGGAAUCGCUUUUAAAGCAUUUGAGGACUGGUGGGACUGUCAAGAGAAGACAACAAAGGUAAAUCUUACUUUGUUUAAAAUUGAAAAUGGAACGGCUAAAGAGAAAACUAAACUUACAAAACUUCUCAGUCGCAUCAUGGGCCAAGGCAAAAAACCUCCACUACCAUCAUUUAAAGUGAAAAGAAAAACAGCAGAUGAUCUUGCUUCAUCAGAAAAGGCAGACAAUGUUCCAGGCUCUGCUCUAAAAAAUUCUGAAGUAAAGCAGCGGGAGGACACAUGUAAACCUGCUUCAGAGAGAGCCAAGCGAAGGCAUGCAAGGCCACAUGAGCUGGACAGUGAUGAUGAUGAUGGGAAUGAGAAAAAAUUAGAAGAAAGCAAACUUCAAAGUGAAGAAGGGACUUCAGAGAAAGUUGAGGAUAGGCUUCUGCCAGUGCAUGAUGAUCUUCAAAUCCUGAUUGAAAGAGGAGAUUGUGACACUGCUGAUGCUGAUGCUGAUGUUGAUCCCGAUGACGACAAAAAUCAAGAUAAGAGGUUUACACCCAAGCACACGGAGGAUGAAGAUGACAUUUGCCAAUCCAGCAAUGAGUCGGAGUUCUCUGACAGAGAGAGUUGUUCAGAGGAGAGCGAGUACUCCUCAGACCUCAACUCCUCUGACUCAUUCAGCUCAGAGAGCUGUGAGGACUCGUACUCAGACCUCAGUCCAGAUGACGAGCACAUGGAGGAGGACAGCAAGGACAAUAAGAGCGAUGAUUUUAUCGUCAUAUCAUCAGAUGAGGAAUCCAUGGAGCUUGAAUCCCCUGUCACCCCCUCAACCCCAUUAACACCUGGUGCUCAGCUGGACCCGGACCUGCUGGACUGGUCAUCUCCAUCACACAGAGAAGAAACCGAGGAGAACCAGUACUCAACCUGCCGACAAGAUACCUGCGACAUAGAUGUCAUGAUGGAGCUCCAAACCAGCGAGCCACUGGAGAAUCUGCAGCCCAUGUCUCUGACCGGACUCCAAGCAGCAGCGCCACACCUCGAUGUAGAGAUGGAGAGCUCUGAAUGGAUGUUGGAGCCACUCGAGAACAUACAAAACCUGAGACCUCCCACUCCUUCAGGCUACUUGACGGAUAGCGAUCCCGACCUUCUGAUACGAAGCAAACCUACGUCUCCAGCUGUGGAGGAGCCAGAAAGACCACAAACACCAGGCAGGGGGAUCAUGGAUGGACUGGAAAGUGAGGAAUCUGCCAAUGAAGUCCUCUCUUUUUCUCCAGCAAAUACUGAACUCAUUAUCACUCCCUUUGAUCGCAUGCAAUCCUACCCAACUUACCAGGAAAGGCCCAAAACUCCUGGUCGAGAGGAUAGAAGUGGGUGGACUCUGCAAAACUGUGUUAGAGCGCCAGCAACUCCAGGCCGAGAGACAAACAUGUCAGAAAGUAGCCAGACAAAGUGCUCACACAUUCCUGUGCCAUUCCUGUCUAAUAAUCCAUACAUCGCAGCACCAAAGACUCCAGGAAGAGACAUCAUCCUGCCUCAAAGAACCAUAGCCCAUAGGAGGAAAACUCAAAUGAUGAACUUACAGCUUGUAAGCGACUCCUCUCCCUGCAGUCCCUCUGAGUCCUCAUCUGACUCUUCAGAAAGAAGAGCAAUGUGGACCAGUCCAGGUGUAAGGAUGAAGCCUCUGCAGGGACUGGAGAACAUGCCUGGACUUUUAGCUGAGGAGAACAGGAGAGAUGCAGAUAAAGUCUUACUGAGAGGGAAACACCUGAGGAGGCUAAAGAGGACUAUCUAUAAAAGACACAGGUCACUAAAAAGGAUCAGUGGUCCUUGUUCCUCUUACAGUCGUCCUCACAGGUGGCGUUCGCUCUCUGAGGAGAAGAGGAUACUCCACUGGGUGUGGAAGAAGGGGCUAGAUGAAGAAGACGCGAGACUGCUGCAGUGCACCUAUGAAAAGCUGCAAGAGCAAGACAAUGGGUUUGGGUGGCUCAGUGACAUCCUGUGGAUACCUCACCCUCUGACUAAAGUCACACCAGAGAUGAAUCAACACAAACCCUGGCUGCCGCACCACAGGACGGGCUCUGCUCGCAGCGAAGGUUUUUACAGAAUCAGCAGAAAAGAUAAAUUAAAAUAUCUCAACAGCACAAAGCCGACCACAGAGCUUCCAUCUACAAGUACUCAGGGAGUGUCCAUCCUAAGCCAGCAGCCGACCUCCCUACGAGCCGGGUCUGACUUCAGGUCUGAACAGCGCCGCCUACUGUCGUCAUUCAGCUGUGACAGCGACCUGGUCAAGUUCAACCAGCUGAAGUUUCGAAAGAAGAGGAUUCGUUUCAGUCGGAGUCACAUCCAUGAGUGGGGCCUUUUUGCAAUGGAGCCCAUAGCAGCCGACGAGAUGGUGAUUGAGUACGUGGGCCAAAUCAUCAGGCAGGUCAUUGCUGACAUGAGGGAGCAGAAGUACGAGGAGGAAGGCAUUGGGAGCAGCUAUCUGUUCCGGGUUGAUCAGGAUACAAUCAUUGAUGCUACUAAAUGUGGGAACCUAGCCAGAUUUAUCAACCACAGUUGCAAUCCUAACUGUUAUGCAAAGAUCAUCACUGUGGACUCUGAGAAGAAGAUCGUAAUUUACUCUCGGCAGCCGAUAAGUGUCGAUGAAGAGAUCACGUACGACUACAAGUUCCCCAUUGAGGACACAAAGAUCCCUUGUUUAUGUGGAGCAGAUAGCUGCCGUGGCUCCCUGAACUAA